UCUUGCGUCACUGUGACGUUUGUAGCCUGUUCCGGUGUAGCUAACUCAGCUAACGAGCAACUGUAGCGCUGGUAGCAACUUGAGAGGAGCCCUGUAUGGUUUGGCUGCUGAAUUGUACUCAGAAAAUAUUUUUAUGAGUGUUUUUUUAGGUCUCCGGACGGUAGCCGCUGUUGAAGCGGAGCCUUGGAUUGCAAAGCUGGGGUGUCCAAAUCUUUUGAGUGACUUCUAGCGUUGGCUUCCACCCUUUGAUUCACUCAUUACCAGAAGGGCCCCUCAGAGAAAGGGCCCGAAGCUGUAGCUCCAAGUUCGCCCUCCCCCCGCCGUGCGCCCCCUGCCUCGUCGGUAAUCGAGAGCUCACACCAAAACCUCCUCGAGGCUCUCGGUGGGUCGAGAUGUCGUCCAUCUUGCCGUUCACCCCUCCUGUGGUGAAGAGGCUCCUGACGCUGAAGAAGACGUCAACCGGGCCGGGUUUAGCGGGAGGCGGCGAGCAGAAUGGGCAAGAGGAGAAGUGGUGCGAGAAAGCUGUGAAAAGCCUGGUAAAGAAGCUGAAGAAGACGGGUCAGCUGGAUGAGCUGGAGAAGGCUAUCACCUCCCAGAACUGCAACACAAAGUGUGUCACCAUCCCGAGCAAUUGCUCUGAAAUAUGGGGACUGAGUACACCAAAUACGAUAGAACAGUGGGACACGUCAGGCCUAUACAGCUACCCCGACCAAACCAGAUCCCUAGACGGCCGCCAGCAGGUCUCGCACAGGAAAGGCCUUCCUCACGUCAUCUACUGCCGCCUGUGGCGGUGGCCGGACCUUCACAGCCACCACGAGCUGCGCGCCAUCGAGGCCUGCGAGUACGCCUUCCACCUCAAGAAGGACGAGGUGUGCAUCAACCCCUACCACUACCAGAGGGUGGAGACCCCAGUGCUGCCUCCCGUUCUUGUGCCAAGACACUCAGAAAUCCUGUCCGAGCUGCCACCUCUGGACGACUACACUCAUUCCAUACCCGAAAACACAAACUUCCCCGCAGGAAUCGAACCUCCAAACAACUACAUACCAGAGACGCCUCCACCGGGUUACAUCAGCGAGGAUGGAGAGGCCAGCGACCAGCAGAUGAACCAAAGUUCUCCACAAGAACUCUCUCCCAGCACUCUGUCUCCGGUCAAUCACAGCAUGGACCUGCAGCCGGUGACAUACUCGGAGCCGGCCUUCUGGUGCUCCAUAGCGUACUACGAGCUCAACCAGCGCGUGGGCGAGACGUUCCACGCUUCUCAGCCUUCGCUGACGGUGGACGGAUUCACGGACCCGUCCAACUCGGAGCGCUUCUGCCUCGGCCUGCUGUCCAACGUCAACAGGAACGCCACUGUGGAGAUGACUCGGCGGCACAUAGGAAGAGGAGUUAGACUUUACUACAUUGGAGGGGAGGUGUUUGCAGAGUGCUUGAGUGAUAGCGCUAUCUUUGUCCAGAGUCCAAACUGCAACCAGCGGUACGGCUGGCAUCCAGCGACAGUGUGUAAAAUUCCUCCAGGUUGUAAUCUAAAAAUCUUCAACAACCAGGAGUUUGCGGCCCUGCUGGCCCAGUCGGUCAACCAGGGCUUUGAGGCCGUCUACCAGCUCACCAGGAUGUGCACCAUCAGGAUGAGCUUCGUCAAAGGCUGGGGAGCCGAGUACAGGCGACAAACCGUGACAAGCACUCCAUGCUGGAUCGAGCUGCACCUGAACGGCCCGCUGCAGUGGCUGGACAAAGUUCUCACCCAGAUGGGCACCCCGAAUGCACGCUGCUCCAGUAUGUCCUAAGCUGCAAAGGAAACGCCCAAAAUGACCCUGAUACAAAGAUGGCUACACUCCAAACUGGAAAAAGAGAGAGAAAAAAACAGAGAGGAAAAAAAAAAUUCAUAACAGAAUUUGUUUUUGUAACAUUCUCCGUAGUAUUUGGGGCUCGGUUCCACAUCCCCGUUUUAACUUACACCCCCCCCCACACACACACACACAGAAGAAGAACAUCAAUACAUAGUUCAACUCACAUAUACACACAUGCAGACUUAUUUUUUUUUAUGGAAAAU